AUGGACGAUGAUGGAUCAUUUUUGAGUUGGAACAACACUUCCUUUGACGACAGCAUGCUGGAACCCAACCAUUUCGCCGACGGUCGGCUGACACUACCUCCUUUGGAAGAGUUGGGACGUCCUUCUUCCAGCCAGGACUAUGGAACAAGUGAGACCUUUGAAGCAUCGGCCUCCUAUGAACAUACGCCUUCUCUGACGAUGAGCCCCUAUACUGCGUACACACCUGAUUUCGGCUCGUUUGUGGGCGAAAACGAACGUCGACUGUCGCAGAAGACGCUCGUGAACCCCGAUCCAUUGCAAGGGCACGCAGAGAAGUCGGAUUUGAAAAGGCCCUGCACGCCCAUGGACGAAGACCUCACCGCCAAGCGCAGCCUCCUUGAACAUGAUGACGACAAGUCUUCCAGUUCGCACCCCAUCAAAUGUAGAGGCUGUUCAAUGCGAUUUCGCCGGCGAUGCGAUCUGCGCAAGCACGAGAAAACCAAGCACAGAGCCCAUGAGGAGCGACCACAUGCAUGUGAGCAUUGCAGCAAACGCUUCAUCUGGCCAAAAGACGUCAAGCGCCAUGUGGCAAGAGUCCACAAGGACGUCUUUGCAGGUGGUCGCUGCCGUUCUGGAAACAAAUCAUCCACCAAUACGUCUGACACUAGCGGCUCAAAGGAAGGCGGCUCUAACACGGAUGCGUCGAACACUGCCUUCGAUGUACUCUUGCGGGACGAUACAUACAACGUGUCUUUCCAUUCCAAAAGUGACCCACGAUCUGACAAGGCCAACGCACUAUUUUCUUGCACUAAUUCAGACAUUCUCAAUGUUUGUGAUAUGGAUUUCGAAGCGCUUUUACGGGACGACUUAUACGACGAUUCUUUCGAUUCGACGACGCAGCAGAAUUUCAUCUGCAAGGAUAAUAAUAUCACUCACCAUACGUUCUCCACGUACACAUUCCCCGGCGAAGGGAGCGCACCUCAUCGCGGUGCCAGGGUGUAA